AUGAAAAAUCAGAUCACUCACCGUGUAGGAAAAAGGGGAGCUGCUCAAAGUGGGAACAUCAAGGAAAUCCAUAUGACUAAAAGCUUCACUCCUGUGAAGCAGAAGCCCACCAAAGAGCUGAGGCCCAUGCUCGGGGCCAUCCUGCUCGGCCUCAUCCUCUUCAUUGCCGCUGUGGUGGCCUGGUGCUACUACACAGCGUCCCUGUGGAAGGCGAGAGGUGAGAUGAGCACCCAGCACUGGCCCAUCCGCCUCGCGGGCUACCAGGAGCCCGUGCCCUACGUGACGAGCGACGUCUACUCCUUCCGCGACAGCUUUGGGGGCAUCCUGGAGCGCUACUGGCUCUCGUCCAAAGCGGCGGCCAUCAAGAUCAACGACUCGGUGCCCUUCCACCUGGGCUUCAACGCCACGGAGCGCACCCUCUUCUUCCAGGCGCGCUACAAGGAUUCGCCCUACAAGCCCCCACCGGGACAACAGCCCUUCCCCGAGCUGAGCUACCGCGUGUGCGUGGGCUCGGACGUCACCUCCAUCCACAAGUACAUGGUGCGCCGCUACUUCAACAAGCCCUCCAAGAUCCCGUCCGAACACGCCUUCCGCUACCCCAUCUGGUCCACUUGGGCCCUCUACAAAAAAGAUAUUGACCAAGAUAAAGUUAUGGAUUUUGCAGAAAAGAUUAAGAAGUAUCAUUUUAACUGCAGUCACAUUGAAAUCGAUGACAUGUACACACAAGCCUAUGGGGACUUUGACUUUGACCCCAUCAAGUUCCCCAAUGUGACAAAGAUGUUCACAAAAUUGAGGGAGGAUGGAUUUAAGGUGACUCUCUGGAUUCAUCCUUUCAUACAUACAGAUUCCUCCAAUUUUGGUGUAGGGAUCGAGCACCAGCUGUUCAUCAAGGAGCCAUCAGGGCGGCUGCCAGCCAUGGCGGAGUGGUGGAACGGCAUUGGGGCCAUCCUGGACUUCACCAACCCGGCGGCUCGGGACUGGUUCCAGAGCCACCUGCGACAGCUCCGCCACAAGUACGGCAUCUCGUCCUUCAAGUUUGAUGCUGGAGAGACCAGCUACCUGCCCAAGCAGUUCAGCACCUUUCGGCCACUCUCAGACCCCAGCAUCUGGUCCAGGCGCUACACGGAGAUGGCCAUCCCCUUCUACGAGCUGGCCGAGGUGCGGGUGGGCUACCAGUCCCAGAACAUCUCCUGCUUCUUCCGUAUCAUUGACCGUGACUCCGUGUGGGGCUAUGAGCUCGGCCUCAAGUCCCUCAUCCCCACGGUGCUCACCAUCAGCAUGCUGGGAUAUCCUUUUGUACUACCAGAUAUGAUCGGAGGAAACUUCCUCCCUAACAAGACAGAGGGCGCAGUGGAAAUCCCAGACCGGGAGCUCUACAUCCGGUGGCUGGAGCUGUCGGCCUUCAUGCCCUCCAUGCAGUUCUCCAUCCCGCCCUGGCUCUACGACAAGGAGGUGGUGGAGAUUGCACAGAAGUUCACAGAGCUGCACGAGUCCCUGGUGGCCCCGCUGCUGCUGGAACUGGCCGGGGAAGUCACGGACACGGGCGACCCCAUCAUCCGGCCCAUCUGGUGGAUCUCUCCACGCGACGAGGCCACCCACAAAAUCGACUCGCAGUUCCUCAUUGGGGACACGCUCAUGGUGGCCCCUGUGCUGGAGAUGGGCAAGCAGGAGCGCGACGUCUACCUGCCAGCGGGCAAGUGGCGCAGCUACAAGGGGGAGCUGUUUGAGAAGACCCCGGUGCUGCUCACAGACUAUCCUGUUGACUUGGACGAAAUUGCCUAUUUCCUCUGGGUUUCGUAACAGACUCCUUCAUCAGCU